AUGAAGAUCUAUGCUCUCACACUGCCCGCUUUACUGCUGGUUGCUCUGGCGGCACCUGGCGAGGCGACCUUUGGCAAGCUGGGCCUGGUGGUGGGUGGCACUGGUGGCGGCUAUGGCGCUGCCUAUCCAUAUGCAGCCGGCGGCUAUGGUGGUGGCUACGGUGGUGGCUAUGGCGGUGGCUAUGGCGGUGGCUAUGGCGGCGGUUAUGGCUAUGGCAACGAGAAUAUAGUCAAGGUAAUUAAGGUGUCUGUGCUGCCCGGCGGUGGCUAUGGAGGCGGCUAUGGAGGCGGCUAUGGCGGCGGCUAUGGCGGUGGCUUUGGAGGCGGCUACGCCAGCGGUGGCUUUGUUGGCGCUGCACCGACCAUAUCCACGUCGGCCGUCGUCACGCCCGUGGUGACGUCGGUGGCAACACCUGUUAUAGCCGGCGGCAUUGGCGGCAUUGGCGGAGGCUAUGGAGGCGGCAUUGGCGGCAUUGGUGGCGGCUAUGGAGGCGGUGCAGCGCUGCCCAUUUCAUAUGGCAUUGGUGGUGGCUACGGCGCCGGUGGCGGCUUUGGACUGGGCUUCGGAGCGCCUGCAGCCUUGGGCGGUGGCGGUUGGUGCUAGGCGGUGAUUACUGUAAC